AUGUCUCGUUUCUACGCAUCUUCAUCGUCGUCAGAGUCGGAUAGCGAUUCAUCAUCCUCGGAUUCAGAUGUCCAGGUUGUACCAAAGACAAAGGCACGUCAGGUCUCAUCUUCAGAAGACGAGGUUGAGGUCAAGCGUGUCGUACGUUCAGGAAAGGACAAGCUGUUCGAUCAAUUCGAGAAGUCUCUCACAGAGACCAGACAGCAAAUUCAAGAUAGCGAAUGGACCAAGGUUCAAACAGGCUUCGAAGCGACUAUAAAGUUGGUUGAAAAGUCAGCCAACCUGAUUCAAAAGGAAGGUAUUCCACCUGCCUUUAUUAAGAUACUGUUUGUGAUUGAGCAUGGACUGGCCAACAUGGACACAAAGAAGAAGUUGUCACCAACAAACACCAAGUCAGUCACUAUCCUCAAGCAGAAGAUCAAGAAGGUUAUUUCACCAACCUACGAGAAGCAGAUCAAGCAAUACAGGGACAGCCCAGAGCUCGCCGGCAUUGGCGCUGGCAAGGCCAAGCCUGCCGCUGCCGCCCCUGCCUCCGACUCUGAGUCAGAGUCCGAGUCAGAGUCAGAGUCCUCCGAGGACGAGAAGCCCAAGAAGCCAGUCGCUGCUGUCCCAAAGAAGCCAGCAGCAGCAGCUGCCAAGAAGCCACCUGCAGGAGGUUUCAAGAAGAUUGGAGAAGACAGUGAUUUCUCAUCCUCUGGAGAUGAUGAUUCAGAGGAGAGUGAUUCAGAGUUUGAUGACGACUCGGAUGAAUCGGACACUUCAUCAAGUGAUUAUGGUAAUGAGGACACGUACAACAAGUGGAUCAAGAAGGAUGCCAAGAAGCCCGCACCAGCCACCGCUGUCAAGCCAAAGGAUAGAGUGCAGCGUGUCAAGCCGGUUGAGGCCGCGACUGGCGAUGCCUCGGCUACCCCAGACGGAGCUGCAGCACCCGCCGUCGAGCAGCGUCCACUCACUGCCGAGGAGAUCGUCAAGAAGCUGAAGGACUUGCACAAGAACCGUGGCAAGAAGGGCACUUCGCCCGCCAAGCAGAUCGAGGAGCUCGAGAACCUGCUCUCACAGGUCAAGAAUGAGAAGGACACGUUCGACAUCCUCUACACGCUCAUCAACUCACAGUUUGAUCUCUCGCCAACGCUCCAGACAUCGCUGCCAAUCCCCGUGUGGAAGACCACCAGCCAGAACAUCCUCAAGCUGAUCAACAUCCUCGAGACUGACAAGAACUUUGUGUUGCUGCUCGACCACGAGGAGGUGUCCUACCUGAAGGAGGGCCAGAUCAUGGUGCGCGGCAACCUGCUAUCGCUGUACGAGAAGUUGGACGAGGAGUACGUCAAGAGUCUGCAGCACAUGAACAACAACUACCCAUCCACAGAUUAUACCGCCCGUCUUGCCGACGAGGAUGUGCUGCUCAGCAUUGGCACCAAGGUGCAGCAGUACCUGGAGGACCACCGCCAGUUCAGCAGCGCGUCUCGCGCUGCCGUCCGUCGUCUGGCACACAUCUACUACCGCGUCAACGUUGAGCAGGAGGCUGCCAACGCCGCCAUGCUCAAGAACCUGUCCAGCUUCGUCUACCAGUACGGUGAUGAGCGUCUCAAGGCCCGCACCAUCUUGUUCAACAUCUACUUCAGCGCCAUCCACAACCACUUCCACGCCGCCCGUGACAUGAUGUUGAUGUCUCAUUUGCAGGACAACCCCACGCUCAUGGACGUCACGACACAGAUCCUCUUCAACCGCUCCAUCGUGCAGGUCGGUCUGUGCGCCUUUAGAAACGGAUACAUACAGGAGGCUCAGAACUGUCUGGCCGAGUACUCGGGUCUGCGCAAGGAGUUGAUUGCACAGGGCGUGUCGAUGGUCAACAAGUACCAGGAGAAGGACCAGCUGAAGGAGAUUGACGAGAAGCAGCGUAUCCUGCCCGCACAUAUGCACAUCCCAUUCGACCUGAUCGAGACAGUCAACCUGCUGUCGGGCAUGCUGAUCGCCGUGCCACAGAACGCCGCCCGCCCAUUCGACAACAAGUUCAAGACCUGCAAGUUCUACCAGCGUCAUAUGGACCAUCUCGACAAGCAGACCUUCAUCCCACCCGCCGAAACCUUUAAAGACGUGAUCUACGCCGCCUCCAAGAAGCUGGCCACUGGCAACUGGCGCUCCACCAUCGAGCUCAUCUCGGGCCUCAAGCUCUGGACAAUGAUCGCCGACGCCGACGCCGUUCGCGAGCGUCUGAACCGCAUCAUCCAAGAGGUGUCGCUGAAAACCUACCUGUUCACCUACUCGGCCUACUACAGCACAAUGCUUCUGGACGAGCUGGCCACCCGCUUCGACCUGCCCAAGAACCACGUGCACUCCAUCCUCUCCAAGAUGAUGGCCAACCACGAGAUAUCAGCAUCAUGGGAGCACUCGACCGAGACCAUCACCUUCCAUCGCUCCGAGCAGACCAAGCUGCAGUACCUGGCGCUCAACUACUCUGACUCACUGAUCAACUUUGUCGAGCAGAACGAGAGAAUCUACGACAGCAAGUUUGGCAGCUAUCGCAACAAGAAGUUUGACGACGUCGUCGGCGGUGGCGCCAGCGGCAGUGGAAGCCAUGGCCAUCACCAGGGCGGCCAGCAUCGCGACCACCAUCACUACCAGCGCAACAAGCCUCAACAACAUAGAGGUGGAAGAGUGCGUCAAUAA